AUGUUUUCUCCAGAUGCCUCCAGAGCCCAGUCAUUAAGACCCAAGAGAAACCGACAGACGGUAGGCACGGAUGACACAAUAAAACUACCCCAGGCGAAGCGAAAACGAUCAGCUCUACGUCGAGAUACCUUCGAGCCCUUGGCUGAAGCGAGCCUGAAUGAGGUUGCCGGGCGAGAAACUACUGAAGAGAAAAGCAAUGGACACGCAACAGCCCCUCCCGAGUCUCGAGAAGUUACCAUCCGAGGAAAGAAGCCUGAGAAACGAUCUGAACGUGCGACAGGUUCGGCGGCAUUAACUCUUUCCAACAAUGAUUUCUAUACAAUCGUCCAACUGCCAGCCCUACCUGAGCAAAUCCGAAAUCAUCCAGACAUCCCAUAUUCAUGCGUGAUAUCCCCUGAAUAUGGUUACGCACUCGCCUUGACACAUUCUGAUGCUUUGACCUGGCCUUUCAAUUCCAGUGCGUCUACACCUUCGUCCAGAGACGUCAUAAACUUCAAACUGCCAUUCCCUCCUUCAUCUGCCGAAGAUCCUCUGCCCCUGGCCACCUUCACAGCCAGAUCUGCAAGUGGUGAACCUGGGCUUCUCGUGGUUUCAUCAAGAUGGGGGAAAGUCGUCUUUUGGGAGACCAUCUCGAGUGCAUCAUCAUUUCUCCCGGGUCAGACAUCAAGCGGGGUGCAAGGUUCAAUUGUAGGACUGAUGAGCGGCGAAUUUGUUGAGGAGUUGGUCAAUGCAGAGCCUUCUGGCUUCAUGCUAGCUUUCAAAUAUGGCCGAGUCGCUCAUUUGACCAUUCGUGACCAGAUGGGCAGACCUAAUAUUGGGGUGCAACAUCUUCGAAAAUAUACGAAUGCAUCCGGUAUCUUUGGCAGCAUUCGUAACGUAUUCAACGGAGAUAAACGAAAAGGAACACCUAUUAUCAAGGCUGGAGGGUCCAGGAAGGGCCAACGUGAUGUUGUUGUCGCGACUGAGGAUGCAGAGCUUGAAUUUUGGAAUACCAAUCUCAGCGUCGGAAACUCGCUGGAGACAUCCUUUAGUUUCAAAGAAGCUAUCUUGGACGCACUCAAACCAACCGUCUCUGAGACAACACUCCAAUUCAAAAUCCUAGAUGUCGAGCUUUCCGCUGGUCCAAGCACCGCGUUGUCUCGACGGGACAGUCAUGGCGCGCCCAUGAUGGUACUGGCCUCACUGUCUACCGACAUUGAAACAAGUUACCACAUCGUCGAAAUGGUGGUGGAUCAAGAUGCAAAGGUCAAGGUGGUCCAUCCGAUCAAAUGUUAUACGACACCGCUCAAAGAGCAACAUUCCUGGAGACCGCGUUUGUGUAUGUCCAAAUCCCAGCCCAUGGUAUUUAUUCUGUUUGAGACUGCAGUCGUUCUCUUUUCACUGGCGAAAGUGUCAGAAUCUCCAUCGUCACAAUUGUUAAUGGAACGGCACGCACUUCCCGAACCAUUUCAGGACUGCAUUCGAUUUCAAGAGGGUACUAUCUUCAAAGUUAUUGGUCACGCUUUGGAAAUGUCUGACAAACAAUCCUCUAUUGUGUUCGGGGUGCAAGGCUUUGGGAUAGUCAAAGCUACCUCACACUUACGAGAACAACAAGAAUUCGAUGUGGAAGCGGAUGACUUGCAAAAUCAAAUUUCCGCAAAGACCAAGAUUGAACAAGCAGUUUUCUUUGGUACCAUCAAGCAAAAUCCUUUCGAUCUCCAAAGUACUACCAAUUUGUUCUCUGCAGCGGAGGUCCAAUCAGCGGCACUUGAGAUCAGCUCAGAGAUCCUCUCUUCAUCUUCCAAGCACCUUCCAAAAACCGCUCCACAGAUUGAUACUCAAAUGCGACUCCGAGCAAAAGCGUUGAAUGACUUGGCACAACAUUUGAUUGAACAUUAUUCUGCACAAGUUUCUCGACAGGUUCGGUUUGAGUUACUGUUGAAUGCUGAAAAACUAGCUGCUGCGCAGGCUAUCUGGAAGGUGCAAGAAGAAAUCCAACGAAACUAUCCACAGAGCGACCGGGAAAUGACGUAUCUUGAAUUCACAUUGCGUGCACUACACGAGAGUCGCCAGAAAUAUCCCGACCCUGAGAAGGGAGAAAAAGAUCGCGUUAGACACUGGCUUGCCAACAGUCCUGGUCAGGUCAAUCAUCUCCUGAGCGAACUCGUCAGUUGUAUCCGAGAGUUUGAAAAAAUGGAUGUAACAGAUCCGGUCGUUAUCGCCGACUAUCUGAAGGAGGCUGUUGAUCUUUGGGUUGCAACAUAUACGGCAGCGCUCAAAUUUCGAGAAGAUAAUGCGCCGCUCCACGGUCUUGGAGAUGAGGUUUUCGAAGAUGGAAUUCUGAAAGCCGGUUUCCCGACAGAUAUCCCCCAUCCUUGGACUUCAGUUUAUGAAACAUUCGGUUUCAGUCAAACGUUGAUUUACGACGUUUGUAAAUUCCUUGUGGAGUGGUGGCAGGUCAAUCAAACUGACAAAAAGGAGAAGAAAAUGCCCACCAAUAUUGAUGGAAAGCCUCAUGAAGCCCCCAAAAUGGCGGCUCUCAAGGAAUUAGCAGCACGUUUGCCGACAGAGGUGGAGCUAUUCUCACGCCUUGUCAAGGAAGAGGCCAUUCAGACAGAAUUACUUCAUAAGGAACGACAAAAGGACCCAGAUGCGUUGAGGGAUGAAAUCCGCAAUCUUGCAAUUGAAAGACUACGCCGCCUAAGGAAAAUUUUGCUUCUUAUCUCCAAGUUCAACAUGCUGGGUGCAAUUCACCUCGCAGAAAAGCUCCAAGAUUUUGCCUUAUUGGUACAACUAACCUAUAUGUAUGACAAACAAAUCCGGGAGGAGGCUCUUGCUAAUCCUUCACUUGUCGAGAUCAACGAAAGAAAGCUAGGAGAAUUACAAGCGCGCGUCGAAACAUAUUUCGAGCGAUUCGGCAAAGGCUGGGCGUACGCUAACUUCAGUCAAUUGAUUAUUGACGGAGAAUUGGGAACCUUGCUUUCAAAAGGGCAAGAGGACGACAACAAACGAAAGGCAAUCCAAUGGUUUUUCAGAAAAGCUCAAGACUAUGGCCAGCAACUUGGAAAGCUCAGCUGGAUUACGGAUGUGCUCAUCUCCGAAAACUUUUCUCGUGCCGAAAAAGCUCUCGCCCAAGUAUCUACAGAAGAAACUGUGGAUAUUUGGAACAAGAAGACUGAGCUCGCGCUUGCUAAAUUGACACAUCUGGCCGCCGGAGGAGAGGACACAGCAAAAUACAACACAGACAUAGCGUUGAUCGAGAUUCAAGAAAUGGUACAUCUGCACGUUACGACAGCUGUAGGUCCAACUGUUGAUGACAAAGCCGCCAACGACCUCGCUGCAGAGAUCUUCGCCACCAGAGUUGUUACAAAAGCUCCAGCUUUGAAGAGACUGUUGAAAAAUGGACUGAAAUCGUUACUCAGUCGGUCUCCACUAUCACCUGAAGAAUUGAUCGAUGUUUUGACGUUGAUGGAUCCUACCGCUUGGAUAGGAGACGAGCAAGAUGAUCCUCAUAUCCUCGGAAAUGAGUUCAACUUAGCUUUACGGGCUGUAAGAAUCUCAGCUGCGCUGUCUACGACAUUCAAGGAUGACCUGCGAGCCGUUAUCUGGAGGCGAGCAAUGAUCAGAGAUGAUUGGCUUGCUCUCAACGACACAGCUGGGAAGGAUGACACAAAGGUCGAACAUGAACAGACCUCGACAAGUCUAUUCAAAACUCUGUAUGCCUCCUUUAUCGCGGACCAAGCGGACGGCGAAGAACUUCAACUUUUAGCCCCAUCUGAAAUCCUUGCUCGAGAAGUUGUCUCUGGUGCCAUUCGCCAUAGAUUUGUUGAGAACGAAUUAGAAGGAAUUCGCAAGGACUUGGACAAGGAACAAGCCAAGCUGAAGUCAUUCGUGGAUAAAGGCAGGCUUGAGGAUCAUUAUGCCGGAUUGCUUUCUUACGCCGAGCGCGUUGCCCGAGAUCAGGCUGAUCAGCAAGGGGAGAUGAUGGCGCAGGAAGUUAGCACCAACAACGAUCACGAUGACGACGACGACGACGACGACGACAACAACAACAACAACAACAACAACAACAACAACAACGAGGCUUGA